AUGCCUGAAUGCACGCAUCUGACAACCACCCGAACUGCUUUCGUUGUUAUGUUCAUUGUUGGAGUCUCCACAAUUCUUGUUUUGCGCUACUCAAACUUAGACAGUUUAAAUUUUAAACUCAAUGGAAAUGACGUACACGGUACAGACAUGGCUUUUCGGAGCACCAACAUUGAUUUACACUUCAUUGAAAGUCGAAUAACUAUAGAUGAUUUUGGGAACAUCAAAUAUUCAAGCAAAAAUAAAAGGAAAGGUAACUGUCACAAAUGCUUUCUCCACGAGUUUAAAUAUGUUAUUGAUAAUCCAAACAUUUGCAAUGAGGAUCGAGGGGAAACAGCAAGAAUAUUCAUAUUUGUAUUUACAGAGCACUCCAAUAUUGACAGAAGAACUGCAAUACGAAAGACAUGGUUAUCAUUGUCGAACAAUAACACAUCGGAAGUACGUUAUGCAUUUGUACUUGGAGAAACUGAAGACAAACAUCUACGGGAUGCCGUACUAAAAGAAAAUGAAAUCUACCAUGACAUCAUCAAGGAAAAUUUUAAGGAUAGCUAUAGAAACUUAACAUACAAAACAAUAUUGGGUUUGAAGUGGGUUACCGAAAAAUGUCCAAGCGUGCAAUUCAUAAUGAAAACAGACGAUGAUGUGUUUUUGAAUAUAAAGUCUUUGAUGUUGAUGCUGAAUAGUAGCAACGACUUGGGACAAAAUGACGCAAUAAUUGGGGAUUGCCACAUAAUUGCUGAUCCAAUACGUGAUAAGCAUUCAAAGUGGUAUGCUUCUGUUUAUUCCUAUCCGGAUAGAUUCUAUCCAGGAUUUUGUUCAGGCACAGGAUAUGUAAUGAGCUCAAGCGUUGCAAAGGCUUUGUAUAAAAUAUCACCAAAUGUCCCAUUUUUUCACCUUGAAGAUGUGUACAUAGCAAUGUGUAUGAAAACCCUUGGGUAUAGACUUGUUCCAACAAGUGGCUUUGUGGUAAAUCAUAAGGCUAAUGUGUGUGAAUAUAAAUACAUGGAUGUUGUGACUGUACAUAAUAUAUCCCCGAAAGAAAUGGAAGAAAUAUGGAAUUCACACUGCUAAAUGUUUGCUAAGUAUAUUCAGCACGUGUCUAUUAUAAAUACGUGUAGUGCACGGAUGGAUCGCUUUUAUGACAUGAUGCACGUUCUACAUGUGUGUUGAGUGGCUAGAUAUGAACACGUAUUCAGUGUUUUUAUAAAUAACCGUAUCAACGUAGAUUGUAUACGAUAAACUUGAAAUUUGCGCGCGAUUGAAAAGCAUGAGGCAAAAUUGGAAACACAUUUAACAUUUUAUAAAUUAAAUAUUUAGCAAGCAUAA